CCUCUGAGAACGCAAUUGAUUGGGUAAACAUGAGAGUGAAUUUAUAGGGAGAGUUCAGGGAAUUUCGCUCAGUCUCUGGAUUUUCUUGAUGACAAGGAUUCUAAGUUCACCUGUAUAGCAUGCUGACAAGUUUGCAGAUAGUGGAACUGAAUGUAUUAAAGGCAUCUAAGAACUAUGGGAGGGGGGAGCUGAGCCAAGAGUAGAACUGCACCCACCUAUGCAGCUCCACUCAGUUGCCAUGUUAUGGAUUAUUUCUCAAGUUCUUGGAAACAGUAAAGCCUUCUGGAGGCUCACUGCGGUGCUGGUGCAGCUUGUGCCAGUUCGUCCGGUAGAUGGGGCUCUGGCAGGGAGGCUGGUCCCAGCAGGCUUUGCGGGGUUACUCAGAACUUGCCUGUGACGUGUCACGCUGUCGUCCUUGACGUCGUCGUCAGCGGCGGCGGCCCAGUUGAGGUUGGCGUGGCGAGGGGAGACUUGCUUUACACUCUGUAGUGGAAGUGGGGUUGUGAGGAACGAGAAAGACCGAGGAGAAGGCUGGGACUGGGCUGGGACUGAAGCAGGACUGAGCCGGGAGGUGAGGAGCGGCCGGUGGCGGCCGCCGCCUUUAGCAGCUGCAGCGGCAGGGUUGGCGUCUCCUCUGAGGAGAUCGGUUGUCUAGGCCGCGCCAUGGCCGUGGACUUUGGGGACCAAGCCAGCGGGUUCCGCCACAACGAGGUGAUCAGGUUCAUCAACAAUGAGGUCCUUAUGAAUGGGGGCGGCCCCGAUUUCUAUGUGGCCUUCCGCUCAAAGCCCUGGAGUGAGGUAGAGGAUCGGCUUCGGGUCAUCGUGGCUGACCCGCAGGUGCCGCACUCCAUCAAGAGGGCCUGUGCCUGGAGUGCGCUGGCUUUGAGCGUGCGUUUGGGCGCAAGGCAGCGGGAGCAGCAGGUGAGCCAGAUCCGGCGGCUUCAAGAGCAGUUAGAGGAGCGCGAGGUGGCUUCCUGGGCUCUGGCCUCCGAGCUACAGCGCCUGCGUGACGAGCGGGAGGAGGUAGUCACGCAGCUGCGGUUCACACAGGCCGCCCUGCAGCAGGCGCUGAAUGAGUAUGACGUGCUUCGUGGGCAACUGCUCCAGGUGGAGAGAUUGGCCCAGGUCGCCCCACAAACCCAAGAUAUGGCGCCUUGUCCUCGAGCCGAGCAACUUGGGGCUGCAGCGUGGCCCCUGAACGCAGAGCAGCAGAGAGAUGAGGUGGCCAUGGGGGUGUAUGGCAGGCUAUAUUUUGAGGCCCAGAUGCCAGCCCCGGCAGCUGUGUUUUAUGGGCCAGGACCCCUGAGUCCUUGGGCCCAGGCCAUGCAAUCCCCCCUGCUGAUGCCGAUGCCAUACCCAUUUCCAUUCCACGCACCAUUCCCAAUGGGAUUCCCAUUCUUGGCACCUAUGCCACCACCAGCAGUCAUGGAAGCAGAAGCUGCAGAUGUCCCACCUCAGAUGCCUCCUCCAGCGAUCUACCCACCUGGCCCGGGGGCUGCUGUGAGCUUCCAGGAGGAGACAGCCACACUGGGAAACCAGCAGAGCUGCAGCCAGGGGGAAGAUUCUGCGACCCUCCAGGGUACAGUCCCCUUAGGGGAUAUCAGCGGCCUUAGCCAGAAAGAAUGUCUAGCGAGGCCCCAGGGCAUGGUCCCCCUUGGGGGUAGUUGGAACCACAGCCAGGAUGGAGGUCUAGAGGGGUCACAGGGAAUGGUCCCACUUGGGGGUAGUUGGAGCCUCAGCCAAGAUGGAGGUCUAGAUGGGUCACAGGGGAUGGUCCCUCUUGGGGGCAGUUGGAACAAUAGCCAGGAUGGAGGUCCAGAGAGGCCCCAGGGGAUGGUCCUUUUGGGGGCCAGUGGGAGCUCCGGCCAGGAAGAAGUUCCCCAAAGACCCCAGGGGACUGUUCCCCUGGGGGGCAGCAGAAGCCAGAGCCAGGAGGGAGAUCUAGGGAGGCCCCAGGAGACUGUCCCCCUGGGGGACAGUAGAAGUCACAAGCAGGAAGAUCCAGAGAGGUCUCAGAGGACUGUCCCCCUGGAGGUCAGCAGAAGCCAGAGCCAGGAAGAAAGUCCACACAGGCUCCAGGGGACAAGGGGCAGCAGAAGCCAGAGCCAGGAAAGAGGUCCGCAAAGGUCCCAGGGGCUGCCUCCCUCUGGGGGAAGCAGAAGCCAGAGCCAGGAAGGAGGUCCACAGAGGCCCCAGGGGAUGGAGGGCAGCAGAGGCCAGAGCCAGGAAGGAAGUCCACAGAGGCCCCAGGGGAUGGAGGGCAGCAGAGGCCAGAGCCAGGAAGGAAGUCCACAGAGGCCCCAGGGGAUGGAGGGCAGCAGAGGCCAGAGCCAGGAAAGAGGUCCACAGAGGCCCCAGGGGAUGGAGGGCAGCAGAGGCCAGAGCCAGGAAGGAGGUCCAUGGAGACCCCAGGGGAUGCCUCCCAUGGGGUCCAACAGGAGACAGGGCCACGAAGGAGGUCCAGAGAGGCCCCAGGCAACCGCCCAGGUGGAUAGCUGGAGUCAUGUUGGAAGAGAAAACCCAAAGAAACAACAGCCUCAGGGGCAGAAGACCAAGCAGCUAAAAGGGAAAAGGGCCUCAGAAUCAUACCACCAGGAGCAAUCUGCUUCAGGCUGCAGUUCAGUGCAUUGGGACUGCCCAUGGUGUAAAGCAAUGAAUUUUCCCUGGCGCAAGGUCUGCUAUAAAUGCAAGAGAGUCUGCAUGGCCAUUGAGAGUGGAGGCCCUGACCCAGGACAAAGUGACUAAUUUCAGGAAGGUGCUGGAUUCUGGAUGGCCAAUACUCAUUGGCUGACUCCCUGGAGAAGCUGAAGUCAAGACUUUUUUUCUUCUUUUCACUCCUUUCUGUUUUAUUCCUUUGUUUUCCUGAAAAAGCCAUAUCUUUGGCUGGGAGCAGCCAUGUGUUUUUAGUUAUAAGCUAUACUGAAUUUUAGGAGUACUGUUUUCCUUGAAAAUGCUAUUGUGCCUUUGUAUACUACUGCAGUGUUCAUGUUUGCUUCUUGUUUUUAAGUUUCAUAGGUGAGCAUAGUCUUUAUUUUUUUUUUUUCUCUGAGCCCCAUGGAAUUUGCUUGUUGCUGAAGAAUCUGAAUCUAUCCCAUUAGAGGAUCUCCCAAGAGCCUAAAGAAACCACACCUUGUUUCUGACUGACUUGCACCACAGGGAGACUCCACCCCACCCCCCACUCCCCACCCCCACUCCCCACCCCCUGCCACUGGCUGGAGCCAAGAAGAGAGACAUCAGGGAAGAAGAGAUGCCUUGGCACUUGGGGGGGAAGGAGGGCAAAAUAAAUUUGUUAAGAUUUAAUUUCUCCAUUGGGACAAGGAAUUAAUUCAUGAGAGUUGGGGUUGCAGCGUUAAAUUGUAUAGAUGAUAGCAAAUUUGACAAAUUUCAUCUUAUUCAUUAGUAUAUGUUAGGAGCUCGACUUACACAUUAAUAUCUGGUGCACACAUUAUAAUCUGAUUUGGCAAGUUUGGUUAGAUAACAGGACAGCCUAGUUUGGGAUACACAUUAUAUCAGGAGUAACUUAUUUGCCUUGCAUGUACUGUGGCGUUUGGGUAUACCCAAUUAAAAUAACAUCCAGAUGUUUCUGCAGUUCCGGGGACAGUUUCAAAGAGACUUCCGUGAAGGGACUUUAUUGCCCAACUGCUCAUCUCAUUGGUCCCAGGUGAGACAAAUGAGCAGUGGCAAAGAUCGGGAAAGCGGCCUCUCAAAAUUGUAGGCAGCACUUU